GGUAGUAUCAAGUGGUAUAAUAUAUAUACAUCGGUAGGAGUGGUAGUUCACAAUGCACACGUCUAUGCAUCAUCAUCGCCUCGGUCCAUCCGAAGGGAACAGACAGACAGACCAGAGGGUACUGCUCUACCGCGUCGAAGAACAAGUCAAAAGGUCAAGAAUCAUAGUCGAAGCUAUGCAGGAGAUAAAUCGUCAUGUCACCAGCGCCCGUAGACGUCAAUAAGUUCCGAGUAUGAGAAAUCACAUCGAACGAUGCUGCGAGAAGAAAAAUGACGAUAUAAAAAAAACGAUGAAGCACAACACAAAUCCCAUAAGCCCACAAAGCCCCAAGUCCAGUCCGCCCGGACUGUAUAAAAAACACAUAAAUAUAAAAUGGUAUGUCCCUCCGAUGAUCAAUAUAUGUCGUACUGCUUUUUUGUCCUCAUCGGGGACUGGUGUAGCCAGGCCCCGACCAACGGUUUCUUGUGUUCACAAUGAAGCAUGCAAAACCCCAUACACCUUGCCCGACUGCGGGCAUCAACUCCGGGAUAUCCCAUCCAUGUACCCUCCGUCAGUUCCAUUACCCAGUUAUCGUCAAUCGGCUAGCACUAUCGCCAGGCCAUCCCUGAGAAGUAGUAUCCAAACAGAAAAAUAACAUCCCUCUAUCGCAAAUGUGGCUGUACCCAUACAUGCUAACGCCUGGUGGCUGUCGAAGGGUUUACCUCGACGUACCAGCCUCU